AAGCCUUGAUGACGAUGAGGUCCGACUCCUCCAGUUUCUCUCCAGUGAUUGGGUCUGUGCCAUUCUCGGUGAUGUAUUUGAGAAUAAGGCGGCGCUCGUACACCUUCCCCGACUUGGCGGAGACCACAGGUUCCUGAGGAGGUUCUCCAGAGAGGGCGCAGAAGAACAUGAUCGAUAGUGUCCCGCCGAGCGCUGCGAGUGUUUUGUGGAACGGCCGACUUGAACGUUGAUUCCAAGAAGUUUGUUCUUGUUGUGUAAUUUUCCCACCUCUUACUUCUUGACACGACCGCAUAGAUGUCCGAGAAGCAACAACGACUCGUGCUGAGCAUAAUCGACUUUCUCAACCAAUCUAUUGGCGAUGGGACGGUGAAGGCGGAUGACAAAGAGAGUCUGGAAGUCGCCAUCCAGUGUAUCGGUGAAGCGUUUGGUGUCGAUCCAUCCGAUGAGCAGCAGGUCGGGAAACUCAGUGUCAAGCCUGCCACGCUCCCGACAAUCUUCGACGUCUUCCUGAAGACGAGGGAAAAGGUCGGAUCCUCCGCCGCAGCUGGUGCUACCCCAGCGUCCGCUGCAUCUUCCAGCACUGCACCACCAUCAGUGCCCCAGGGUACGUCCGCCGAGGACAAGGCCAAGGCCGAGAAGUUCAAGCAGACGGGCAACACGCUCAUGAGCAGCAAGCAGUACGAUGCGGCCAUCGAAGCCUACAACCAGGCAAUCGAUCUGGACCCCCAGAACGCGAUCUACUACUCGAACCGAGCCGCGGCCUACAGCAGCAAGGGAGAUCAUCUCUCUGCUGUCGGCGAUGCCGAGAAAGCCAUCUCCGUAGAUCCGUCGUUCGUCAAGGCUUACCACCGUCUCGGACACGCACAGUACUCGCUGCUCGACUUCCGUGCCGCCGCCGACGCGUUCGAGCGUGGCCUGAAGCUGGAACCCAAUAACGCUGGUCUCAAAUCCGGCUACGAGAACUCGAAGGCCCGAAUCGUGCCGGACGACGACGACGAAGAUAUCACGCUCACGUCGGAUGCGGGCAUGCCUGGAAUGGGUGGUUUGGCUGAUAUGCUCGGAGGCGGAGGCGGCGGCAUGCCCGACAUCGCGAGCAUGAUGAACAACCCCCAGCUCAUGGCCAUGGCUCAGCAAAUGAUGUCCAACGGAGGUCUGGCCAAUCUGAUGCAGAACCCAGCUGUUGCCAACAUGAUGAAUCGCGUUCAAAAUGGAGGAUCGAUGCCGUCCAUGGAUGAGAUUAUGAGCGAUCCCGCUAUGCGCAACCUAGCACAACAAUUCGGUGGAAUGGGAGGGGGAAGAUAAUAUGUAGGAAUAGAUGUAAUAAGUACAUUAGGGAUGCUGGAUUGUAUGCGUACAGAUGUUUGGUGUGCAGGACAGUAUCAGUUCAUGGAGGUGGAGGUUCUCCAGAUCCGUCAUUAGUGGAAUUCUUGGCAGUUUUCUUCGGUUGUGCCAGUUCCCGCGCAAGUGUUGGGGGAACGGAACUCAACUGCGCGGGCACGUUCUUAUGACCCUAAGCCCAAGUUUCAACAACAGAAACGGACGCCAGGAAACAUACGCACGUGCUUCAAAUGAUAACGAAGACCAGUAGCUUGCCUGUAGGCCUUGGAACAUCCAGGUUCCGAGCAGGCGUGCAUCCGUUGGCCAUCCCCCUCCACCGCAUCUUUGUGAGAGGAAACAGCAUGCCGAAAGUGUGCUGCAGAGCUGGAAAGCCGUUGAUAUUGG